AUGAAAGUCAGCUUCAUUUCUUCAAUUGCUUGGCUGUUGGCAGGCGCUAAUUUAGUGGCGCUGGCCCAGUACUACGCUAAACCUGUGGGAUUGAUUGGAUACGAUAGGAUUAAAACCAAUGCUGUAUUCAACGAUCUCUUUGUAGUAAAUGGACAAUAUAAUGAUGAGAAUUCGGACGAAGAAAGUGGGAAGUGCCCUCCAUGUUUCAACUGUAACCUACCCAAUUUCGACUGUACUCAAUUUUCCACAUGUAAUACUUUCACUGGUAUGUGUGAAUGUAAAGAUGGUUACGGAGGCAUGGAUUGCUCUGAACCCCUCUGUGGUUCGUUGGCCGAUGGUAAUAAGAAGAGACCUACCAGAGGAAAUGAAACAGCUCAAUGUAAAUGUUCUCCUGGCUGGAGUGGUAUCAAUUGCAAUUUGUGUAGCGAUGACCAAUCUUGUAAUCCAUUCAUGCCUGAAGGCAUUGAGGGGACUUGCUAUAAGUCUGGUGUACUUGUAGAUAAGUUCCAUCAAAUGUGUGAUGUUACCAAUGCCAAAAUUAUUUCCAUUUUGGAUGGGAAGAAGCCACAGGCUACGUUCUCCUGUGAUAGAUCCAACUCUUCUUGUGACUUUCAAUUUUGGAUUGACGAAAAGGAAUCCUUUUAUUGUGAUUUAAAUGAAUGUGACUUCAAGUAUGAUUUGAAUUCAAAUACUACUCACUAUAACUGUGAAAAGGUAAAUUGUAAAUGUUUACCUGAUCGUAUGCUAUGUGGUGAAGAUGGUUCCAUUGAUAUUUCAGAAUUUUUGACUGAAACGAUAAAGGGACCCGGUGACUUUACUUGUGAUAUUAACAAGAGAAAUUGUAGAUUUAGUGAACCAAGUAUGAAUGAUUUAAUUCAAUCAGUGUUCGGAGAUCCUUACAUUACAUUGCAUUGUGCAAGUGGUGAGUGUAUUCACAAGCUGCAAAUCCCAGGCUAUGAUUUACCCCCAAAGAAGAAGUUGACUAAAGGAAAUUUCGUAUUGAUUAUUGGAGUUGCUUUCUUAUGUGGUAUGAUUGUAGUUUCGUCCAUUUAUAAUAUAAGUAAAUCACCACUUUUCAUGAGCCAUUUGGGUGAUAACUUCGAUGAAAAUUCUAUCUCAAACAAUGCAAUGUUGAGCGAAAACUUCCAGCCAACUACAUUAACUUUUGAGAACAUUGACUAUGUUAUACCCAAUGGUAAGAAGAAGGUCUUGAAUGGCAUUUACGGGGUAGUUAAUCCUGGUGAAUGUCUUGCCAUAAUGGGAGGCAGUGGAGCUGGUAAGACUACUUUGUUGGAUAUCUUGGCCGGUAAAAACAAAAACGGUCAAGUUAAAGGUUCCAUCUACAUUAAUGGUAACAUUUUGAAUGAUAAGGACUACAAAAAGAUUAUUGGAUUUGUUGAUCAAGAAGAUCACUUAAUUCCUACCCUUACAGUUUAUGAAACAGUCUUGAACAGUGCCCUCUUGCGAUUACCAAGGAACAUGUCUACUAGAAACAAGGAAGCAAGAGUUAUCGAGGUUUUAAAUGAAUUGAGAAUUUUGGGCAUAAAAGAUAGAGUCAUUGGAUCUGAUUAUAAGAGAGGGAUUUCUGGAGGAGAAAAGAGAAGAGUUUCUAUUGCUUGCGAAUUGGUUACCUCCCCACUGAUUCUCUUCUUGGAUGAACCAACUUCGGGUUUGGAUAGUUACAACGCAAGAAAUGUUAUUGAGAGCUUGGUAAAACUAUCUAGAGAUUUUGAAAGAACCAUUGUAUUUACUAUUCAUCAGCCAAGAAGUAAUAUCGUGUCAUUGUUUGAUAAAUUACUUUUACUUAGUGAGGGUGAUUUAGUCUAUUCUGGUGAUAUGAUCAAAUGUAAUGACUUUUUCGCUAGAAAUGGCUACAAAUGUCCUUUGGGAUACAAUAUCGCGGAUUACUUGAUAGAUAUUACCGUUGAUCAUAAAAAGGUAGUUAAGGUGAACAAUGCAGUAAGUAGCGAAUUAUUAGGUGCAGUUGGAGUAAGCGAUGCACAACCUGCAAUUGCAGAUGAACAUGCCCACGAUGAAUUUGUACAAAAUCCUACCUCCUCUGAUAUUGAUACAACUAGAGAAUGGGAACAUUUUGCUAUUCAUAGAGAUGAGUACAAUUAUACAGCAGUCAAAGGUGCACCUUCUGGAGACGUUGAAGAGGAAGAUUCUACCUACAUCCAAGUUUAUAACAAAUUACCUCAACUUUAUAGAGAGUCCGUUAUUGCGAAUGAAUUGAAAGCUGAAAUUUCAGCAUUGAAGGAGAAUCCAGUCAAGUUGGAAUUUAAGAAUCAAUUUCUUAAAGCUUCAUUUAUUAAUCAGUUGAUAAUUUUGUCAUCAAGAACCUUUAAGAAUUUGUAUAGAAACCCCAAAUUACUUUUGAGCCACUACAUUUUGUCCUUGUGUAUGGGUGGAUUCUGUGGAUUUUUAUAUUACAACGUCAGUAAUGAUAUUAGUGGGUUUCAGAAUAGAUUGGGAUUGUUUUUAUUUGUCCUUUCCCUUUUUGGAUUUUCAUGUUUAACUGGAUUACACUUGUUCGCUACUGAAAGAAUCAUCUUCAUUAGAGAGAGAGCAAAUAAUUACUAUCAUCCACUAAGCUAUUAUUUGAGUAAGAUUAUUUGUGAUGUCAUUCCAUUGAGAGUACUCCCUCCAGUUAUCUUGAUCAGUAUUAUGUAUCCAUUAGUUGGGUUAUCUAUGGAAAACAACGCCUUCUUGAAAACUAUUCUAGUUUUGGUAUUAUUCAACUUAGCCGUUGCUAUAGAAGUUUUGAUUAUUGGUAUUUUAAUCAGAGAACCAGGGACCGCUACAAUGGUUGCUGUCUUGAUCUUAUUAUUAUCGUUAUUAUUUGCAGGCCUUUUCAUUAAUAGUGAAGACCUCAUUGCCCUGGUCUCGUGGUUGCAGAAGAUUUCGAGUUUCCAUUAUGCCUAUGAAGCGCUUACAAUUAAUGAAAUCAAGGAUUUAAUAUUAAAAGAAAAGAAGUAUGGUCUUUCCAUUGAAGUUCCUGGUGCGGUCAUCUUGAGUUCAUUUGGUUUUAAUGUUGGUGCCUUCUGGAAGGAUGUAUCCUUCUUGGGUGGUUGGAUUUUGACAUUUUUAGCUCUUGGAUAUGUGUUCUUACAUAUCUUUGCAGUUGAGAAGAGAUAG